AUGGACUUGUAUGUGCUGCAGAAGUGCUUGGCCAGCAACCGCAUCAUCGGCGCCACGGACCGCGCGUCCAUCCAGAUGAACUUGGCCGAGGUGGACAAAGUAAUCGGCAGGUUCAACGGGCAGUUUAAGACGUACGCCAUCUGCGGGGCCAUCUGCAGGAUGGGUGAGUCCGAGGAUUCCAUCUUCUGCCUGGCCAGGGCCGACAGCAUCGUGUCCAAGAACUUGUGAGGGAGCCCCACGGAG